UGAGUCAUGUUUAUUCGUGCAAGAGUGAUAGACGUGGAACUUGUUUGAAGAUGUCUUUAUUUGGUUGAAAUUCACGGUGCGAUGUUAAUACAAAGUGUUAUAUUAUAUUCGUUAUGGUUUAGUAUGCUCUGUGAAGUAUGAUAAAUCUCCAAAUAUAACUUCGAUCGUGUUACUAUGGUACAGACAUCGGACAAAGCACAUGUUGCUGUACGCCAGGGACGACACGUGGAGGAACUAAAGGAAUAUCACAAUGGGGCCUAAAGUGAACCAGUGUUGCUGUGGAUGUACUCUGAAGACAGGGGCCAUAAGUAUUGCCUUAUGUCAUAUUGUUUUUUCUUCCGCAGUUCUUACAGUAGUACCAAUUUUGCUGCAUGGGAUGUACAAUCCCGUUGGGAAGCAUAAUUGUUCCAGAAACAAUACUGAAGAUGAACGACGGAGAGUGGAAAGAGAGGACGAAGACGAAGAUGAAAAACGAAAAGUGCAUGAACUUCUUGAUGAGGGCGUAAAAGGAAUGUAUAUAUUCCUUAUUGCAGUGUUUUCACUUAACAUGAUCAUCAAUAUGUUGCUUAUAAUCGGUGCAAAGAAGGAAAAGCCGUUGUUUCUGAAUAUUUGGAUCAUCGUAAACUCAGUGUUACUCAUGACGUCCAUUGUGGUGAUAGUUAUGAGCGUGUUUAUGUUGUUCUUGGACUGGAAAUUAGCCCUGAUGUCAAUGAAGAGCAGUUUCUUAUGUGCAGUGCUAACUUCAUAUUUCAUCAUUGUGGUGAAUAGCUUGUAUCACCAAAUGGACCGCAGACAAGUUGCACCUCGCGACGAUCCAGUGCCUCCAAUCGUAUUUAUCAUCGACCCCCCACCGCCGAUGCCCCCUGACCCUUCACCGCCGCCCUACGCCAGCGACUGUGAACCAUUUCAGACGCAAGACAUCAGAGGCAUGUCCUCAACAUAGACUUAGAUGUUGUGGACCACAAAAGUGAGGGGUAAAAAGCUACAAGAAUUAGUGACUGAUUUGGAAGAAUAAUUCAGUGAUUAUAAGAAUAAUCUGGUUCACCAAACGCAAGACUACAAGCUCUCAAAAGGAUUCAUGAACUGUCAGCCUAAGGAAGACAACAGAGUAGCACAGUCUUGAAAGACAAUGAAUGAGACCAAAGUGGGCCACUUUGUGCCAAUUCCAUUCACGUGUUGCCGACGACGAAAACGAUGUUGAUGAUGUGUUUGUGUAGUCUCUAAGCACUUAUAUAACAAAUUUGGAAAUUCAUAGGCAUGGACUCUUGCUUUCUAGGCAAUGUUUUUUAGAUUUGUAUCGGAUUUAAGAUUUCCGUGGCGUUGACUCCUUGCACUCUAGGUGGUACAUAUCGUCACUAUCUUCAGGGCACAAUUCUUUGAAGAAGAAGGUGUUACCUUUCUCCGAAACGCUGUUAUCCACUUACAAAUCUACAUGGCGUCACGGCGCUAAAGACCUCAAUCCGCGGUACUGGAGUAUUAGAUUUUAUUUGAGUCAGCAAUUGUACCUGUGAUAUAGAAAUAAUAAAUUUAAACUUGACUAAA